UACGGAGGGAGGCGCGUGGACGCGCGUUUGCCUGCGCGUGUGCAUGGCCUGGCAAUAGCUGAGGCUGCACCGUGUGCGCGUGGGCCGACCCGGAGCUCUAGCAUCCGGCCGAGCAGCGCAGAGAUGCGAACAUUUUUCACCUGAAUGCGGAGAAUGAGGUGGAGGUGAGCAGCUGAGGUUGUCGGUCCACUCGCCCGAACCGGGAGCUUACCCUCAGAGCAAACAUAAACGCUGUUUGCUCGUGCUUUGUGAUAUUGAUAUUUUUGUGAGGAAUCAUGACGACGGGACAGGAUGAGAGUUCGGUGCGUGUGGCGCUGAGGGUUGGAACCACCAGAAAAGUUGAAGGCUCACUCGACAAGGAGUGUAUCUUCUUCUGUGGCACUCCAAGGAGGAACAUCUGUUGCUGACAUUUGUUUAGCAGCUUCACCCUGCUCCUUUGUGAGGUUCUACCUGAAAGACAUGCCCAGCACAUCUGCUUCCAGCGCAGUGCUUGGAUCCGUCCUCAGCUGGCCCGGGAGAAGAUUGAAGGAUGUCACAUCUGUACGUACGUGAUGCCAGGAGAGCCUCAGGUGAUCCUGGGGAAAGACAAGGCCUUCACCUUCGACUACGUGCUUGACAUGGACUCUCAGCAGGACACCAUCUACACCAACUGCACAGAGAAGCUGAUCGAGGGCUGCUUUGAGGGUUACAACGCCACCGUCUUCGCAUACGGACAGACUGGAUCAGGGAAGACCUACACAAUGGGAACAGGCUUUGACGUCAACAUAGCAGAGGAGGAGCUGGGAAUCAUUCCUCGUGCUGUGCACCACCUCUUUAAAGGCAUUGAUGAGCGCCGUCAGGCGGCGCAGGAGCAGGGACGACCCGUACCAGAGUUUAAGAUCAAUGCUCAGUUUCUGGAGCUUUAUAAUGAAGAAGUUCUGGACCUGUUUGACUCAGCACGAGACAUGAAGCAGAAGUCUCACAUAAAAAUUCAUGAAGACGCCAGUGGAGGGAUCUAUACAGUAGGAGUGACCACACGCACCGUAUCCUCAGAGGCUGAGAUGAUGCAGUGCCUAAAGCUGGGAGCUCUUUCUCGCACAACAGCUAGCACGCAGAUGAACGUCCAGAGCUCUCGAUCCCACGCCAUCUUCACCAUCCACCUGUGCCAAGUCCGCGUCUGUGCCUCUGACAAUCAAGAAAGUGAGAAUGAGAACGACAACAAGGUGUCCAAUGGGAACUCUGAGAUGGACGAGUACGAGACCUUGACUGCCAAGUUUCACUUUGUGGACCUGGCUGGUUCUGAGCGACUGAAGAGGACUGGAGCCACUGGUGACCGAGCCAAGGAGGGAAUCUCCAUCAACUGUGGACUGCUUGCUCUGGGGAAUGUGAUCAGUGCUCUGGGUGACCGGAGCAAGCGGGCGUCUCAUGUGCCUUACAGAGACUCAAAACUCACCCGGCUGCUGCAGGACUCGCUGGGAGGAAACAGCCAAACAGUGAUGAUUGCGUGCAUUAGUCCAUCUGAUCGUGACUUUAUGGAAACACUGAACACUCUGAAGUACGCCAACCGAGCUCGCAACAUAAAGAACAAAGUGAUGGUGAACCAGGACAAGGCCAGCCAGCAGAUCAGCGCUCUGAGGACGGAGAUCGCUCGGCUGCAAAUGGAGCUGAUGGAGUACAAGACGGGUAAACGCAUGAUGGGAGAGGACGGUGUUGAGAGCUUCAGCGACAUGUUCCAUGAGAACUCCAUGCUGCAGACCGAGAACAGCAACCUGAGGGUGAGAGUCAAAGCCAUGCAGGAGACCAUCGAUGCCCAACGGGCACGCCUCACCCAGCUGCUUAGUGACCAGGCCAACCAGGCUCUUGCCAGGGCAGGUGAAGGAGGCACAGAGGAAAUCGGAAACAUGAUACAGGGAUACAUCAAGGAGAUUGAAGACCUUCGAGCUAAACUCUUAGAGAGUGAAGCAGUGAAUGAGAACUUGAGGAAGAACCUGUCCCGUGCCUCUAAUCGUCAGUCUUUCUACGGAGGGCCCGGCUUCUCCUCCCCUCUGCUGGCCCCUGAGAAGGAGACCUCAGAUGUCAUCGAACUUGCUAAGAAGGACCUGGAGAAGCUGAAGAAACGAGAGAAGAAGAAAAAGAAAAGACUCCAGCUGCUGUUGGAGGAGAAAGAAAGGGAGGAAGGGGAGGAGGUGGUUGAGGAUACCAGUGCCAGCAAGGAGGAAGUUCCAGACAACGACCAGGAAAAAGUCACAGAGAGGAUCGGCGACAACGCGGAGAUGGAGGUUCAAGAGGCCAGUGACCAUGAGGAAGGAGAGGAGGAGGAGGAAGAGGAGGAAGAGGAGAUGGACAUGGAGGAGAGCUCUGAUGAUUCUGACUCCGAGUCAGAUGAAAAAGAAAACUACCAGGCAGACCUGGCCAACAUCACGUGUGAGAUCGCCAUCAAGCAGAAGCUCAUCGAUGAGCUGGAGAACAGCCAGCGGCGUCUGCACACGCUCAAGCAGCAGUAUGAGCAGAAGCUGAUGAUGCUGCAGUGUAAGAUCCGGGACACCCAGCUGGAGAGGGACCGUGUCCUCCAGAACAUGAAUUCGAUGGAAAGUGGCACGGAUGACAAGGCUCGUAAAAUCAAAGUGGAAUAUGAGAAGAAGCUGAGCAUCAUGAACAAGGAGCUUCAGAAGCUCCAGUCUGCCCAGAAGGAGCACGCCCGCCUGCUGAAGAACCAGUCCCAGUACGAGAAGCAGCUGAAGAAGCUUCAGGUGGACGUGGCAGAAAUGAAGAGGACAAAGGUUCGUCUCAUGAAACAAAUGAAGGAGCAGCAGGAGAAGAAUAGGAUGAAUGAGUCUCGCAGGAACAGAGAAAUCGCCUGUUUGAAGAAGGACCAGCGUAAGCAGGAGCAUCAACUGAAGCUCCUGGAAGCCCAGAAGAGGCAGCAGGAACUGAUUCUGAGGAGGAAGACUGAGGAGGUGACUGCUUUGAGGAGGCAGGUCAGGCCCACUUCAGGUAAAGUGGUCCGGAAAGUCAACCUUCCAGAACCAGCUCAGGACUCCCUACUCCGCCCCCCCUCUGGGCGUACAUACUCAUCCAGCAGCUCAGCAACCAACAGCACGUGGUCCUACCGGCGCACCAUGGGUGUUUACUCAACCAGAGGUGCUCGAAAUAAGUGGCAGACUCUGGAGAGGCGCAUCUCGGACGUCAUCAUGCAGAGGAUGACCAUCUCCAACAUGGAGGCCGACAUGAACCGGCUCCUUAAGCAACGAGAGGAGCUGACAAAGCGUAAAGAGAAGGUCAUCAGGAAGAGAGACCGGCUGCUGCGGGACGGGGUGGAGCCAGAGAAAGCUGUGCUGCCCCUCAACGAGGAAGUGGAUACACUGACCGCCAACAUUGACUACAUAAAUGACAGCAUUGCUGACUGUCAGGCCAACAUCAUGCAGCUGGAGGAAGCCAAGGAGGAGGGCGACACGGUGGACGUCUCUGCUCUCAUUGGUUCUUGUAGUUUGGCCGAGUCUCGUUUUCUGCUGGAUCAUUUCAUGUCGAUGGCGAUUAGCAAGGGUCUGCAGGCGGCUCAGCGGGAGUCUCAGGUGAAGGUGAUGGAGGGCAGGCUGAAGCAGACUGAGAUCACCAGCGCUACGCAGAACCAGCUGCUGUUUCACAUGCUGAAGGAGAAGGCUGAGUUCAACCCGGAGCUGGACGCCCUGCUGGGGAAUGCUCUGCAAGAGCUAGGUAACCUCCCUGCUGAGAACGGGGACGACAGCAGCAGUGACGAGUCUGCUCAGAGCCCGUCGGCUGAAGGAGCCACAUUGGCAACAGACCUCAUGAAAAUUUGUGGGGAGACCAAAACAAAGAAUAAGGCUCGCCGGAGGACCACCACUCAGAUGGAACUUCUGUACGCCAACAGCGACUCUGCCCGUGACGCAGCCGCUGACUUCUCUGGUCCCGUGCUGCCGCUGGCCGAGACACCAGAUGGUGGGGGGGACAUGGACUUUUCAUCAGUCAGGGACUACGCGGCUCUCUCCCCUGGCUUUUCCUCUAAAGCAGGCAGCAUAUCUGGCUCCAGACCAGCUUUGGAGAGGCGAGUUCUGGAGCCGUCACCGCUCUCUCGCAGAAAGACGUAUGACAAGGCUCAAGCAGCGGCCGACAGGGAAAAGGUCAAGGAUAUUAAACAGGGUGUGAUCAACCCUGUUCCAUCCACUAAGAGCAGCCGGUCUGCAGCGUUGCAGUGUGUCCACAUGGCUGAAGGACACAGUAAAGCGGUUUUAUGUGUCGACUGCACCGAUGACCUUUUGUUCACCGGAUCCAAAGACCGGACCUGUAAGGUGUGGAACCUGGUAACAGGUCAAGAGAUAAUGUCCCUGGCCGGCCACCCCAACAACGUGGUGUCUGUCCGUUACAGCUCCAGUUUAGUCUUCACCGUCUCCACCUCCUAUAUCAAAGUCUGGGACAUCAGGGACUCGGCCAAGUGCAUCAGAAUACUAACGUCUUCUGGACAAGUUAACGUUGGGGACAUCUGCGGGCCCAACACCAGUCGGACGGUCACCAUCCCUGCAGGAGAGAACCAGAUCAAUCAGAUUGCUCUCAACUCAUACGGCACAGUUCUGUAUGCAGCUGCGGGCAACUCGGUCCGAGUGUGGGAUCUCAGAAGGUUUGCGUCUACUGGUAAACUCACUGGUCAUCAGGGACCAGUUAUGUGUCUGACUGUGGAUCGCUCUGGAAACCAGGACCUGGUGAUCACUGGCUCCAAGGACCACUACAUUAAGCUGUUUGAUGUUUCUGAAGGCUCUUUGGGGAAUGUCAGCCCUGCUCACAACUUUGAGCCACCUCACUACGACGGCAUCGAGUCCCUGGUGGUCUAUAAGGACAUGUUCUUCAGUGGCUCUCGAGACAACGGAAUCAAGAUUUGGGACUUGGACCGCAAAGAUCUUCUGCAGCAAGUCCCAAAUGCUCACCGUGACUGGGUUUGUGCCCUGGGUAUCGUCCCCGGCUCCCUGGCCCUGAUCAGUGGAUGCAGAGGGGGGGUGCUUAAGCUUUGGCACACCGACACACUGGGGCCUCUGGGGGAGCUCAAGGGCCACGAGAGCCCCAUUAAUAGCAUCACUGCUAACAGCAGCCACCUGUUCACAGCCUCAGACGACCGUACUGUGAAGAUCUGGCGAGCCCGCGGCGUACUGGACAGUACGUUUGAGGCCGACAAUGCUGACGAGGCGUCUAGUAACUGAACACGAUGCUGGCCGGUUACUGCGACUGUGAAAAGAUGAAACGGCACCAUCUGAUGCUGCACUUUGACCCUGGGCCUAAAUUGACCUAAUGCUGACUUGUAAAUCGUCCUCCCAGCGGAGUGACCUUUGACCCAACCUACAUAAAGUACAGUCUGACCUGCUAAACCUACCGCUGUAGUGGCUUCUGUUUGGGGUUUUUCACCACAUGGAGCAGCAGGGCUCAGUUCUAAGGCCAUCACUACUGUUGUUGUAAUGAUCAUUUAUUUAUGCACAUGGAUCUCACAUCAUGUGCAUGACUAAUGAACACAUGAGCAUGCAUAUUAGUGGAUGAACGCCUCUUAUGUGUUUCACUCUGCAGGGUCACACCCUGUCUGGUCAGCAGCACUGUUCAUCAGUGCCAUACUGCACCGUGCACACGCCCUGCUUGUUCCUUAAAUACUGUUUUCACUGAAGAAUCAAGAUUCUGUUUUAGGUUUUUCUCUGUAGAGCUCUCAAGAUGUUAUACGCUAUAACAAACCCACUUCAGACACACCGCAGUCACAGAUUAAUAGUAAAAGGAAAGCUCGGCUCAUCUUCUCAGAUUGGUGAAAAUGUUGUCAUGGAGGAGGAAGAGCAGGCAGGGUUGUUAGCUGGUCUUCACAACCCGCGUACCCGUUAGUUUAGGACAUGGUAACGUUAUUGCUCGUGAAAAUUGCAGAGCGCUGUCCUCCUAAACUCUCCUGCUCUGUAGCGGCUGUCGGCUCUGGUGACCUCAACAGUUUAAAUUGGCUUGCCGUAGCUGUAUCAGUGGCUCAUUAUCGUCCCUUAAAGCCUGCCUUGUAAUUCAAACAUUACACCUCAGAUCUCAUUUGUUUGACUGUAGAAAACCAAAGUGGAAAACUGGCGGUUUGUGGAUUUGCAGGGUGUUAUGGCUCACUUCUCUUAGGCAGACUGCAGUCUGCUCUGUUCUACUUUUAAUUGCAGCUACACAUUUUCCUCCAGGCUAAACAAAGAUGUUGGAUUUUAAUCGGAGAACGUAAAAGGCACCUUAUGUAGUUUUUACCAUUAAUCUCUGGAAACAUUCAUGAAAAUUUUGUUAAAAAUUAAUUAAAUUAUGCAGUUGUUAAAAAAAUUGGCGUUUCGAAACAUGUAACCAUGAAAACCGGGUCUAAAAUAAUUGGGAGUGGGGCUAAGUCUCUGUGCGACGCCAUAAUAGAUGAAACGUUUCCUUCUACGGGAGCCCGUGAGGAAAAAAUGCAUUUGCUGAUUUGUAACAAACAGUUAAAAACCUUUUCCAUUAACUUUGUUGUUUCACACUCUUCACUCGUUGCCAGUGAUGACCGGGAGACUGAUUGUCCUUUUGAUGGAGGGUGAAAGAUCUGAUGAAGUACUCGUUCGAUAAUCGCGCUCCCAGGGAUUUUUGACCCUAAAAGCCAGCCAUUGGUAAAGUCAUACUCGAACACAAAAUGACUGCUUGCUUGCAGUGAUUUAGGUAUUCACUGCCCCCUAUUGGCAGGAAAACACACACCAUCACUUGAAAGGUGUUACAGUGGGCUUUACCAUCACUAGAGUGAUGAUAGUGGGCUAACUGUUAGCUUCAGACAGGCUGAAAGCUGGCCCAGGGCUCGUUAUUUGGGAUGUGAAUCGAUUUUUUUAACUUUCAGCACUUGUAAAGAAAACUUGACACAAUGAAGCUUUUAAUGUGAAAUGUGAGGAUCUUCUAUUGUCUUGUGAAAAAGAAUGUCUUCACACUUCCAUUCGCUAAUCCCACACUGAGUUUCUUCCUGCUGUGAAGGUGUUUGAUGACCUCUAACCCUAUUGGAGGGCUUCUUGUUGUGGGCUCCAGGUGAGGACCACCUGGUAACCAUAGCUACAGUGUAAAUAUGUAACUGUUUAGUUUUUGUUAGAGAAGUGACCUGAUGUAACUCCUGUCAUGUAUGGAUGUGUGGUGAAGCAGCAGCUGUAGGCGCGACUCAAACACAAAUCUAAUGUAUGCAAUUUGUGUAUUUAAACCUCUGAUUGAAUGUUAGUGAUGCGGGACCACUGGUCCUAACGCCGUCUCACAGCAGAGCCAAGAGCACCACUGUUGGCAGGAAGACUGAAGAGCAGCUUUGGACUGAGUUGAGCCUCCGCCCAGGUGGCAGGUCAUGGUCUAUUGUUAGCUUUAUUAUGGUUUAUGCUGCUCUCUUUGUUCCAGAUGCUCUGGGUGUUCCCCUUCUGGAGUUUUAGCAGCCAUUUCUAAAUGGCUGACUGUAGCGAUUCCAAUGUCAGAUGCCCGGUGAGAAUAAAUGUCAUCUGUCAAAAAAACA